AUGAAGGCCUGGCAGUACAAUAGUACCAAAGGCGGGAUCGAGAAGAAUCUGCAGGUCAACGACGCCGCACCGCAACCUACACUUCACGAUGAACAGAUCCUCAUUCAAGUGCACGCCAUGGCGGUCAACCCUGUCGACCAUAAGGUGACUGAAGGUCCAAUGCCUCUGCGACUUGUAGGCUCCGACGUCACCCCAGGUGCAGACUUUUGCGGCAAGGUCGCCAAAGUGGGAAAGAAAGUCGACGAGUUCCAAAUCGGCGAGUUUGUGUUUGGCGCGAAAGUCGGUGCGCUGACGGGAGGAAGUCUGGCGCAAUAUAUGGCUGUGGAAAGGAGUAUGUUGGCGGUUUUGCCAGAGGGCGUGAAGGUCGAGGAUGCAGCUGGUGUGGGCAUCGUGGGGUUGAUCGAAUACCAAGCCAUCGCACCAAACGUCAAGAACGGUGAUAAAGUAUUUAUCAAUGGCGGCUCCGGCGGAACUGGUGUGUACGGCAUUCAAAUCGCGAAAGCGCUUGGUUGCCAUGUUACGACCACAUGCUCAACACCUAACGUCGACCUCUGCAAGAGCCUAGGCGCAGACGAAGUCAUCGACUACAAAACCACUGAUAUCAUCGAUAACCUCUCCUCAAAGGGCCAAAUAUUUAGCCUCGUGGUCGAUAACGUUGGCACGCCACCUAACCUCUACAAAGCCGCAUCCGCUUUCCUUACGCCAACUGGGAAGUUCAUCCAGAUUGGAUCGGCGAUGAGCAUUGGCAGCAUCAAGACUGUAGGUUCCAAUAUGCUGUUACCGAGUUUUCUGGGCGGUGGGAAGAACAGCUAUCAGAUGUUGAUGGCGAAGCCGUCGGCAGAUGCGCUAAGGCAGCUUGGUGAAUGGAUGAAAGAGGGUAAGGUGAAGGCUGUGGUCGACACUGUGUUCGACUGGGACGAUGCGCCGAAAGCGUUUGAGAAGUUGAAGACAGGGAGAGCAAGGGGUAAAAUUGUUAUCAAGGUGCCGCAGGGCAAGGCUAAGGAGAAAAGCUGA